AUGCCUUCCCAGUCCGGAUUCAGCGCCCGUACCCGGCGACCACCACCGUCUUUAUAUAUGAUUCUGUCGCUAUUUUUCCUUCUGUUUGCAACCGGGGCAAAUGCGCUGGCGUACGAGCCCCAAAAGCCACUGAGGGAGUCUUCAUCUACUUCCCAGGGCUCCCAAAUUACACUGGAUGACAUCGCCAGCGAGACUGACCUCGGGGAUGGUCAUACAGCGGAGCCAAUGAGCUGGGCGCCGCCCGCAGAGACACUACGAAACCUGCUCAGUGCCCUGAACGUCAUGCAAGACAAGUAUUUUGUGCUCUGGCUCGGCACCUGGCCGUCCAGCAUCGAUUGGACUGCUGCGGUCCUGGGGACGCAUGUCGUCGCGACCCUCUCCUCCUACUCAUGCAAUGCGCGGGAUAUCGCCGAAGACGAACAGUUACAAGAGUUGAUCCUCCCAGGACUCGAAAAUACCGUGAAUCACUUUUUUAGCCAGAUGAACACCUUUUACUUUGGUGAGAAUGCCUUCAGCUUGCGGAACCAGGCCUAUGACGACAUGCUUUGGGUGGUCCUGGACUGGCUGGAGAACAUCAAGUUCCAGGACCUGCACUCCGAGCUACAUUAUUCAACCGCCGCUUCGUCUAACACAACCUCGGGGCCGACAUGGUAUGGCACCCAAUUCCGUGAUUCGGCGGCACACCGAGCACGGAUCUUCUAUGAGCUUGCCUCGGCUGGGUGGGACAAGACUCUCUGCAACGGCGGGAUGAUUUGGAACCCCUCGCUGGUGCCGUAUAAGAAUGCCAUCACGAACGAGCUGUACAUAUCUGCCAGCAUUGGAAUGUAUCUAUAUUUCCCCGGCGAUCCCAUCGACGCUCCAUUCAUGGCCGACUCGUCCGGUCAGAGAUCCAAGCAGUCAUACCCGCACAACCCCGUCCAUCUCAAAGCCGCCAUCGACGCCUACGCAUGGCUCAAGAACUCCAACAUGAGCGGAAUCGGCGGGCUCUAUGCGGACGGCUUCCACAUCAGCGGCUGGCAAGACUCGUCGGACCCGGGCUCGCGCAAAUGUGACCUGCUCAACACGAUGGUGUACACCUACAACCAGGGCGUCGUGCUCAGUGGGCUACGCGGCCUCUGGAUCGCCACCGGCUCGCAAAAUUACCUUCGUGAUGGCCACGAACUCGUGCACAAGGUGCUCCGCGCUACCGGCUGGCCACACACGUCCUCAACUAAAUGGUCUGGGCUCGGCCGCGGCGGCGUUCUCGAAGAGGUCUGCGAUUCGCACGCCAGCUGCUCGCAGAACGGGCAGACCUUCAAGAGCAUCUUCUUCCACCACCUGGCGGAGUUCUGUCGGCCGCUGCGGCCGCAGGAGAUUCAGUUUCUGGCGGACGAGAAGCGCCAGCCCGUUGCAGACGAGGAUUGGGACGAGGUCGUUGACCGGCAUCUGCGCCGAUGCCGCGCCUACGGGCCUUGGAUUGAGCACAAUGCGCGGGCCGCGCUGAUGACUCGCGAUGACGACGGGAAGUUUGGUAUGUGGUGGGGUUUGCCAUUCCGGCAAUUUUCGGUCUCGAGCGAGAUUGUGAAUAGCAGCACUCUCCCCGCUGGUGCUGUUGACUAUCGCAACGACGAGCUCGCUGUGGAUGGUAUAGCUUUGGGAAUACCGCGGGACUUCAACGACCGUGGCCGGGGACGUACGGUUGAGACUCAAGCUGGUGGUGUUGCUGUGCUGCGAGCUUUGUUUCAGUGGCAGACCAGCGAUGCGCUUUCAUGA